AUGUAUAAAACUGCAGAGGAGCGUCAUGAGGCUCGACUAAAAUCAAAGAAGGAUAGCUAUGCGCGUCACCGACUUCAAGAACAAGUGAAGUCCUGCACACGAUGGCGACGUCGUCGAGGGGCAGCUGCGGGUACUCAAGAACUGCUUCAGCGUCUCGAUAGCUUAUGGUUAACGUUAGGUUACCGCGAUCGGACUCUCCAACACAAAUUCCUGGAGUCACAUGGGAUGUCGAUCGUAUCCGAGGUAGACCGAGAGGGUUGGGAUUCAGUCAAGCCAGGAUGUGAGGCAGGGCUCGCAGAGGUAAAGGACGUGGUGAAGCAGGCAUAUGAUUUGCACACUGAGGCCCGUGAUAUUGAUGGGCCUCUCACAGAUUAA